AUGGACGCCGGCACUCCGUCCAAGAAGGCCAAGACAUCGGCGGCUGCCGGCGCCACGCCGCAGAAGCCGUGGAAGGCCGCUCCGGCCGACCAGAUCCUGACGCCGGAGAAGCUGGCGCCGAGGGUCACGGUGGCGGCGGCGGCCGAGCAGAUCUGGACGCCGGAGAAGCCCGAGGAGAUGCCGAGGGCACGCAGCCGCAGCGUGGCGUUCUCCGUGAAGGAGGUGCGCCGGGCUGCGCUCGGGCUGCGGAGGCCGGAGAAGGGAACGCCGGCAGCGGCCGAGGAGGCGGACGAGCUCGAGUCCCUCGAGCGGGAGCUCGGUGUUGGCGCCGGGGCCAGCCAGAGCCCCGUCAAGCGCAAGGCCGAAGUCAAGCUGCCGGGAAGUUAUGAGAUGCUUUGUGAGUUCUUCAACUGCCUGGAGAGCUCCACUCGGCUGCUCCGUAUGAAGGGAUCCAAGGCGUCUUUCCCCAAUAUCUGCGCUAGCAUCCAGCAUCUGUCUGAACGGAGAUUUACCUACAGCCAUCUUGCGCAGCUCAAGUACGUAAUGCCCGAGGCAAUUGUCAUCAAUAAGAUCCUUUUGCGCGAUGACACAACAUGUUGUAUGAAGCCAGAUCUUCAGGUGAACCUCGUGGUUGGUGCGGUUGAGAGCGUCAAGAAGCAAAAGGGGGAAACUGCGUACUCAGCAUUGAGAAGGAUCUUCAGGCAGAGGCUAGUGGAUUUCUUCAGGGACCAUCCUGAGGGAGAUGACAUUCCAGAGCAUGAAUUGCCACAUCCAUUUAAUCGAACAAGAUUGAGCAUGCCCCAGGCUGCCCCAAGAGUUGUUCCUGAACCGGCAUCCCCAAUCGAGGCUUCUGAUGUCAAUGGACAACAGGCUACUAUGAUGUCACACAUGUCACAGUCAUUCAAGAGAAGGUUUUCGCAGAGGUCUCCAAUCAGUUCUGCAACAGCUAGCGCCACCAGUCAAUUGGUGAAGGUUGAGUCUACUGUUCUAUCACCAUUGAGCAGGAAUUCCCUAUCCAGUAGCUAUGUUUCUGCUUCUAAAGAAGCUCAGCCAGAGGAGGAUGGCAAGGUUGUUGUAUCCAUUUCUGGAGUUUCAGAGGGCACACCUGCUAAAUAUGCCUCUACACCAGUGAGAUUAAUGGCGUCCACACCAGACCUUAAGACACCAAAGAGACCAAUCUCUGAUGCAGGUUACGGCACACCACCUCUAAAAAUGUCAAAGAGAUCAGCUCGUGCUAAGUUGUUUACCACUCCAACAAAGGUUGAUAGUAUGGAUGGAGAGGACCAAAACACUAUUUCUGCUGUUGAUAGUGAUGAUGAAUUACUCAGUUUUCUUCCGCAAUCCCUCCUUCAGUCGGUAAAGCAGAAGGAACUGAGGGCUAUGGAGGAGAAGGAAACUGGUUUUUCUGAUAAGGUUAAAAGGCAGAAGUUGAUUGCUUCCCUGCCAAGUGUCUUUGAUGUUGUAUUCCUUAUCUACCAGUCAAGACAGCGGUCUGUAAUGACAAAGCAGGAGCUGAUUCAUAAGAUAGUUGCAAGCAGUCCAAAGAUUGUGGACAGAAGUGAAAUCGAAGAACAGCUGACAUUGUUGAAAGAGCUUGUUCCAGAGUGGAUCUCUGAGAAGACUGCACGGAGUGGAGAUGUUCUAUGCUGCGUCGAUGCAACUUUGAGCCAAGCGGAUAUUCGCCAAAGACUGUAUGCUGCUGAGUAGGAAGGAUAUACUAAAUGCGAAUCACCUUGUUUGGUAACAUGUACAUAUGUCACCAGCCAAUCAGAGAAUUCACUCAGCCAUGUGUUACCUGAGAUGCUGUGCAUGCGCCAUUGGUGUCUGUGAUCUGAUAGAUACUUGACUAUAUGUAAUGGAUGACAUGUAUAGCAAAACCAGUCUAACAACUGAUUGUGACCAUUCCUUUUUUUCAUGUGUAAAUUCCAUUGUCUGGAAUAUCUCUCAAGUCAAAAUGUAACACUCUAUGAAUACUGCUUUACAAGGUUUGGGUACAUGUAAA